AUGGAGUCAAAUAAAACAGCUGAUGACCCCCACUGCCCCUCAGACUUUGCCAAAGCAGGCGAGAUUGGAGCCCCCCAGGACACUGAGCUCAUCCCCAGGAGAACGGUCAUUCGCUCUCCUACCUGCGCCCGAUGCCGCAACCACGGUGUCACUGCCCACCUCAAGGGACACAAACGCCUGUGCCUCUUCCAGACUUGCGAGUGCCACAAAUGUGUCCUUAUUUUGGAGCGUCGAAGGGUCAUGGCUGCACAGGUGGCCUUGCGUAGGCAGCAGGAGGCGCAGCUUAAGAAACAGCUAGCACAGGGGCUAAUGAGAGGGACAGCCCCUCCCAAAGCUCGCAGCCGUGUCAAGAAGGGAACCAUUCAACCAGAAGUCCUUUCUGGGAAGGAGAACAUAGUACCACAGCCUCAGACACCACAUGGACCAAUCCCACUGGCCCUGACAUCUCCCGGGAAGAACUCCUGUGGACCUUUGCUACUCAGCCGCCCCCCGGAAGCCUUGCCUUUGUCCUGGACUCCACUGCCUCCAGGUCCUUGGGCUCCUGGCCACUGGCUGUCUCCAGGCUUGUCCAUGCCACCCCCAGUGGUAUGCCGCUUGUUUUGUCAAGACCCUGCUGUCCCGCUGCAUCCCUUCCCAGGCUUUGACUCUGGUACCUCUCUCCGCCUGCCCACUCAGGGGCCCCUCCCAGCCUGUCCAGGGCCUCGCCCAAUACUGACAGCUCCUCUUUCUGGAGAGCCUCAAGGACCCUCUGGCCUGCCCCGCACAUGCUCAACUCUCAUCCUUCAGCCCUGUGGCACCCCAGACCCUCUUCUGCUACGGCCACAGGUCCCUGGAGCCUCUCGCCUGACCUGGACAUCAGGCCCCUCAGAAAGACAGCUUCAGAGGGAGGCAGCUGAGGCCCUUGUGGGGCUGAAAGAUUCAUCCCAAGCUCCCCGUGUGACUCCGUCUAUUCCUCCAAACCCUGCGUGGAUCUCCUUGCUCCACCCCUGUGGUCCACCAGCUCCUGCUGGAGGAAGAGGAUUCCAACCUGUUGGACCCUCUUUCAAGCCCAGCCCAGCUCCCUCCGUUGCUGUGCAUAUUGGGCGUCUAGGUUCCAUUUCUCUCCUGAGCUAA